GCCAUACUCAACACGCAAUAUUUCCCACUCUGUCUACGAAGAUUUCCAAAAACACCUAACUUUGAUAUUCAAAUGAUCUUUCUUUAUUAACAUUCAGCACUAAUUUGUAGGUCCAAUCGAUUUUCUACAAUGUACGAGACCAUAGCCAACACCAAGUGAAGCAUUUGGCAAAGGACCUCUCAACAUCCACCACAAGGACCGUUCACGAAAUGGCAUCAAUCCCAAUCGCCCUUCCACCUGCCCUCCCAUCUGAGCUCCUCAGCUACGUCCUAUCCCACCAAGCCUACCCCACCACGCUCAUCAUCUGCCAACCGCGCGCCACAUUCCUCUCUUCUCUUCUCGAGUGCAUCAAUAACACACCUGCACCCCCGCCGCCUCAGACCAGAGAAGCCGAUGAUACCUCAGCAUCGCCAUCAUCUCCAGCGCACCCCGCCAACAAUCCUCAAGAGCCACCAGAGCGCCAUCCGCUUCUGAUCCCCACACUCCACCAAGUCGCGACUUCGCGAUAUAUCAACCUCGUCUUCAUACCCACCGUCACUCACCUGCGCGCCUAUCUCGCGGUCUUCCCGCCCCGGGACACGAGAGAGCCGCCAGAGCAGAGGUUCGAUAAGCCAGGGAAGAAUAAGCCGUUGGUGGUGGUGUAUGGGCUGGUGGGGUUGCAUCGCGAUACGAGCGAGUGGAGCGCACAAGGGCUGGGGAGUAGUUUGGCGGGGCUGGUGGAGGCGGGGUGGAGGGCUGGACGGAGGGUUGUAGUUAUAGAGGAGAGGAAGGUGGAGAGUAGUGGUUAUGAGGAGGGGGAAGGGGAUUCAGGAGGGGGGGGCGAGACGAGAAAGAGAGCAUGGAAGGUUUGGGAGGAGAAGGUACCAAUGUUGAAUGGGAGUGUGAGACGCGCUGCGCUUGAGAGCGAGGAUGGCGGGUGGAGUGGAAGGACUGUUGAGGUGGGACGAAUAUUGGGGAGAUGGUUUAGGUUUGGCAAAGGUGAUUGGUGUGAUGAAAAGGGUUGA